AUGGUGCUCUCAACCAUAAUGAACGGAGUAGACUGGUCACCCGAGUCCUGCCUUGCCCUCCUCGUCUGCGCCCUUGGGUCUCUAUCCACCUCCUUCGGACCAAGUCACGAUGCAAUGCCGGGAACCAUUGCCUACAAUAACGCCAUGGCUUUCUUCCAGGCAGCGCAGAAGCGCCUUGGCCUUCUCAUUUCGUCAGACGAGUUGAUAGGGCCGCAAUGCCUCUUUCUCGCGGGCGUAUUUAUGAUGUGUGUUUUCCAGCCACUCAAGGCAUGGCGUUAUUUCCUUCAAGCCCUUGCUGGCUGCCAGCAGCUUCCGUUUCUAGCACAAGAGAAUCAGGAGAAAUAUCACGGCAUCUCAGACGGAAGUCAUCCUCAGGAUCACGCCAUUGACACCCUUCAGCAGGCCGUCUACUGGUCGGCCUGGAAGUCGGAAAGGGAGGUCCGCAGUACCAAUUACAUGCCCGACUUCGUCAACGAUAUGAGCACCAACAUUUACCCGCCAUUCUUCCCCACACCGCCAGCACCAAGGACGGAGCUUGACACAUCGGCUGACCCCCGCCGUGAGCGCGAGCAAAUUUCGUGGUAUUUUUACCUUGCCGAAAUAUCUCUCCGAAGACUCACUGCUCGCAUGAGCGCCGGCAUGAUGGAACUGCAGGCCCAGCACGAGAAUCAGCAAUCAUUCCUUGCAGCUAUGGCAGCUGUUGUGCCGGAACACGAGGCGCAAGUCAACUCGUGGAUUUCCUCCCUGCCUCCGAACCUGUCCUUCGAGGCGCCCCCUGAGGAAGACGACGUCUGUCGUUUUGUGCUGCGGGGCCACGCUAUCAAUUUGUUUGAACUCAUUUACUGGCCUUUCAUUUCCGCAUACCUGACAUGUGAAGACUUGAGCCGCAGCUUUGCGUCCACCUCAUCUAACAUCGCCCACUACGCCGAACGAUCCCUCCAUUAUCAUCUCGUGCGAUUGACGUUGAACAAGCCUGGGUAUAGACACAGACACCACGGCACAAACCCGAUGAUGCAGACCUGUUCACGCAGCGCUCUGGUCCUGCUGGGCGCUUCCAUCAAGUCUGAGACAACGAGGGCGCAAGGCACCGAUCGCGGAGGUACGACUGUGACCCUGCCACAGGGCUGGCAGGAGGGAAUCGAUGACAUUGUCGACCUCCUUGACUACUGGGGCAAUGAGACGAGGGACUUCGGCAAGAUCCGAACGGUACUGGACCAAGGCCGCAUGCCUGCUAACGGCUCGGCCUCCUGGACUUAUGCUCCGCAGACAUACAUGUAA